GUCAUCUUAUCACAGUUUGGAUUUUCCACUCUCAAAAAGUUUAUAUGCAAUCCCCAACCCCUUCCAAUCUCCAACAUUCUAGCCUUUCCUCAGCCAACUCAAUUUCCAAAAUGUCUCCACUAACACUAUCCAUUUUCCUGCUACUCCUUGGAUCCAUCAUCUGGACAUUCAUGCUCAAAAAAGGACGUAAACUAGUACUCCCACCGGGUCCUCGGUCUUUACCCAUUAUUGGUAAUUUUCACAUGUUGGGUAGCCUCCCACAUCGUGCCCUCGAAAACUUAGCCAAAAAAUACGGACCCAUCAUGUCAUUGCGGCUUGGCCAUGUCCCAACUAUUGUGGUCUCAUCUUCCCAAACUGCUGAGCUAUUUUUAAGGACCCAUGACGCCGUUUUUGCCAGCCGACCUAUAUUCCAAGCCUCCAAGAUCAUUGGAAUGUCCAAAGGUAUUGCUUUCUCGGAGUAUGGUCCAUAUUGGCGCAGCCUUAAGAAACUCGUUGCGUCGCAGCUUCUGAGUGCUUCAAAAAUAGAGUCAUUUGCACCUAUGAGGAAGGAGCUGGUAGGAUCAUUGGUACAGUCACUGAAAAAAACUGCGGUAGCACAUGAGGUUGUGGACCUUAGUGAGGUGGUGGGCAAACUCAUUGAGGAAUCAACACGUAGAAUGGUAUUUGGGCGAAGUCAUCAUGAUAGAUUCGACUUGAAGGAGCUUAUUGCGGAGACCUUGAACUUGAUGGGAGCUUUCAAUCUAGCAGAUUAUGUUCCUUACCUUGGGGCACUUGAUCUACAGGGAUUGACAUCGCGCAUUAAGAAACUUGGCAAGACUCUUGAUGUAGUAUUGGAGAACGUUAUCCAGGAGCAUGAACAAAUUCCUAGUGGUCCACAAAGUUGUGAAAAGGACUUUAUAGACAUGUUACUUUCUUUGAUGAAUCAACCCAUGAAUGCCCAUGAUGAGAAUUCAUGUAAAAUUGAUCGAAGAGUUAUCAAGGCUAUCAUUAUAGACAUGAUUACUGCUACAUAUGACACUUCAGCUAUUAGCAUUGAAUGGACCAUUUCUGAACUCUUGAGGCAUCCUCGGAUAAUGAAACAUGUACAGGAUGAGCUAGAACGUGUAAUUGGAAUGAAUAGGAUGGUGGAGGAAACAGAUUUAGCAAAUUUAACUUACUUGAGUAUGGUGAUUAAGGAAAGCUUCAGACUACAUUCUGUUGCACCAUUUCUAAUCCCACGUGAAUCAAUGGAGGACAUUGAGAUUAAUGGAUAUUACAUACCCAAGAAAUCACGAGUAGUGAUAAAUUCUUGGGCUAUUGGACGAGAUCCUUAUGUGUGGUCGGAUAAUGUGGAAGAAUUUUACCCUGAAAGGUUCAUAAAUAGUAAUAUAGACCUCAAGGGACGUGACUUCCAGCUUAUCCCAUUCGGAUCUGGUCGCAGAGGCUGCCCUGGAUUACAAUUAGGGCUUACGACCGUCACUUAUGUUCUCGCUCAGUUGCUGCAUUGUUUUGAUUGGGUGCUCCCUAAUGGCAUGUUGCCUAAUGACUUGGACAUGAGUGAGAAGUUUGGGCUAUCAAUGCCAAGAGCCAAGCACUUACUUGCGAUGCCAACCUAUCGCCUACUUGGUUAAACUUGUCAAAAGAAAAGGUUCCAUAAGAAGAGUUGAAGACAUUGCAACACCAACUAAAAUAUUAGCCUACCUUGUUUAUUGGAUUCAAAUGUACUGUGUCCUCCAAAAAAUAAAAUGUCAUAGUUCACAACUUGGAGACUUUUACUAAAUGUUUAAUAUAAUUCGUUAAGAUUUUUAGCGACAA